AUGAGUCUAGCCUCAGAGUAUAUUCCUCUAGCAUCCUCCCCAAAUGACUCGGAGCAGGACUUACGGCCUAUAGAGGAUAGCAGCACACGUAGGUCAUCCGGUCCGAACGACCGGCUGUUGUUCUGGGCAUGCGUCGGAGCUAUAUGCUCCUCCGCUUUAUCUUUCAUCGUCUUCUUGGGAGGGUGGCAAUUGUCCUCCACAAGCAUAUCGGGACAACCCUCAUAUCGGCAAGCAUUGCGACGGCCAAACCCCUACGUCAAUCUGGACAAGAUCCUCCAGAAUGGGAACUACACGUUUCCACCUAUCAUCAACUUCCCACCUCUUGCGCUUCAGAUCAGCACUUCCGACUACCAGCGCAAGAUGAGUGAGGAUCAUAGACAAUGGCGGUCUUCACAGGGGACUGUGUAUCCUGACGAUCGCCAUGUUAUUGUUUCUCCAGACACGUCAACCAUUAUUCAGUUCCGCAACCUAGACUAUGCUAUGGAGCGUUGUAUACUCACAGUUUCGCUUCCCCGGCACACACAACCGUUCGACCCCGAAACUGAAGUGAACGAUCCCAGCGUUGUCGACAUCUGGGCGCUCGACACCGCCACCGAGAUUUCCCCUCACAUUGCCGGGACUUGGGAGCGCGCACCCCAACGACGCGAGCUCCUCACCACUCUCACGUUCUCCAGAACUGGGCCGAGUAAUUCAUCUGAAUUUCGUUGCCCGUCGAAUGAGUUUACAACGCUUGAACUCGCAUGUACGUCUUCGAUGUCUUCCUGCAACGUGAAUUUCUGGCAGGAUCAGAAGGCUGUUCCCAGAGGCGGUGUGUAUCUGACCCAAUAUCAGUCGCCUGUUCACCCAUGA